GCGAGCAAGUUCUAUCCCGCCUUGUCGGAAACCGAUGUCCGACUCAAAAGCAACUGGAAUCGAAAGUGGCGCUUUUGUCAACCGUGAACGGCCCGGAGCAGUAAGGUUGCGUUUCUGUCCAAACAGUAACGAUCUGCUUUACCCAAAGGAAGACCGCGCCCUCAAGAAGUUGAUAUAUGCAUGCCGUAACUGCGACUUCCAAGUAGAGGCUGACGAUCACUGCGUUUUUCGCCACUUAGUCCACCACACGGCUGCUGAAACGACCACUGUUAUACAGGAUGUACGCACAGACCCAACCUUGCCUCGCUCUUCCCAUGUCCGUUGUUCUAGGUGCGAAAAUGCAGAUGCUGUGUUUUUUUCAUUGACCACGUCCGAGGGAAUGUCACUUUUUUUCAGUGUGUCUCUUGUGGGCACAAAUGGAAGGAUGAGGGCUGUGCAAAUGAUGGAUGAAAGCCAAUCAUUUUUUGUUAACUCUCCAAGAUGCGCAUCUGAUGCUUAGCAUGUUAUCAUAUGUGCAGGAUGUGUAGACUUGUCCUUGGUUCUUGUGGGAGUUUUGGAAAUGUGUGUAGGUAUAAUAAAGAAUAGUAGAAGCGCUGUU